CGAAAUCUGUUUCCUCAAAAAUCCAACUCCAUGUACUAUCCUUCAGUUUUAACACGGAUACUAUGGCUAAGAAAUCAUCUAUGAUUGCUUCUCUAGUUAAAGAGAAUCCUCAUAAAGAUCUCUUUGAUGAACUAAGAGACAUUCCUUCUGAUCGAAACACGUUUGAACUAGUUGCGAGAUUCUGUCAUGGCUAUGAAAUUAAACUAUCGCCUGAAAACGUCAUUCCACUCUGCUGCGUUGCUGAUUACCUUGGCAUGACUGAAACAUAUAGCCCUAAUAACUUAUUAAUGAAAAGUAUGACCUAUUUCGAACAGAGAAUCCUACCUAACUGGAACGAAUCUGUCAUCGCGUUAAGAUCAGCAGAAAGUGUUCUUCAUCAAGCUACUGAAUUAGGUUUGAUAGAUGAUUGUUUCAAAUCGCUUAUCAGUAAAGCAUUAGAGUAUCCACAAUUCCUCGAUCAGCAGAGAAAGUUCUCGAAAUCAGAAGAUCUAACAUCUCUUCCUCUCCAACUGUAUAAACCAUUAAUCAAUGAAAUGAUCGAGAAUCAUGUUCCAGGUAUCUACAUAGCUUCAUCACUCUACCAAUACGCGAAGAACUCGCCACAGAAACAAGUCAUGGAAGCAAUAGAGAAGCUUCUGCCACACGAAACAGGACUCCUUCCAUGCACACUCCUAUUCGAAAUGCUGAAAGUCUCAAUCUCCACAGAAGCAAACAUGGAUUGCAGAAACGGUUUCGAAACCAGAAUAGGUAAACAGCUGGAAGAAGCAACAGUCCGUGAUCUCCUCAUACCUUCUUCUGGAUAUUCCAAAGAAGGAGAUUACGAUACAGAUUGUGUCAGAAGAAUCUUGAAAAUCUUCUACAACAACAUAGCAGCUGCUUCAGAUGGUUCAAAUGGUUCCGAGUUAAACUCAGUAGCUGAGCUAAUCGAAGACUUCUUAUCAGAGAUUGCUAGCGACGUUAACUUAAGAUUAGACACGUUCAUAUCACUAGCUGAGAUGGGUUCAUCUGUAUCAAAUGGAAUGGAACGAAGUUCGGAUGAAUUGUAUAGAGCAAUCGAUAUCUACUUGGAUAAACACAGUUACUUAACAGAAUUGGAACGGGAAGAGAUCUGUCAAGUGUUGGAUUGUCGUAGAUUAUCACCGGAGAUUGUUCAGCACGCUGCGCAGAAUAGUAGACUUCCGUUAAGGAUAGUAAUGCAGGUUUUAUUUAUUGGUCAGAUGCAUUUGAGAGAGGUGAUUACUAAAGAGGUAGAUGAUCAUCUGGAUGAUGAAGAGGAGGAAACUCCAUUGAUAACAGAUGAUCAAGCUUCGAGGUUGAGGUCGAGUUCGACAAUCUGUAGUAGCAGUAGUAGUUGUAGUAAGGAAGAAGUGAUGAUGGAAAUGGAGAAGAUGGGGAAGAAGAUGAGGGAAUUGGAGAAAGAAUACUUUACGAUGAAGAAGGAGAUUGAGAAUUCGAAAAAGGAGAAAGUUAGUUUGUGGAAAGAAAUGAAGAAGAAGCUUGGGUGUAAUGGAAGUAUAAAUGAUGUUGAUUGCCAUGUGAAGAAGAUGAAGAUGAAGAAGAAGAUUCAUCCAAAGAAUUGAUGAAAAGUAAGUCUCUUUUUCUUAUUAGAGUUUAUUAUUUUGAAUAUAUAUUAGUGUAGGGUUCUUUAUAUUUUUUAACAAAAUCAUCUAAAUUUCUAAUAAUAUUAAUAUAUUACACUUCAUAUUCAAACUCAAGCCAAAGAAUUUUCAACAUAAAUUUUCUUGACACUUCCUAUCUUAAAUUGUAUUUUGAAAUGUUAGGAUUGUUUUAUCAUUUUUUUUGUUUGUUUUUGUAAGUGUUGAUGGUCAUUUUAUUAUUAUUUUG